UGCUCACACUCCCUCGCAAUCCGUGACCCCCGUUUUUGUAGUGCCCACACUUCUCUUCUCAAGGACAACAAGAAGGGACUAGGUUACCCUGUGUUGUUUGUGCUUGUGAACUCACUUACUCACGCUCAUCACGAAGCUGAUCUUGGUUACCAGGGAUUCAUCCCUUCAUCGACAUCAGUGUCUCCUCGCACCGGCCAUCUCAGAUCGGUGGCUGCGGAGCUGGAAGUCGAGGCACAGAGAUUGGGUUGUUGCAGGUUUUGUUGUCAGUGUGGAAGCGAGGGUUGUGCAUGCGAGCAGCUAUGGUGUGCACCGCCUCAUUCAUGCUGGAGGUGAGCGGGCCAGUUCUCAGCUCGCGGGGCGGAUGUCAGGGCGUACAGAAGUUGAGGGAGGCUCGCGGGUUGGGUGCUUCCCGUGUUCUCGUCUCCCUGAGGCGCCGGUCGAUCGGUGGUAGAGUGCGGUGUGAGAGUAAUAGCUUGAGUGUGCGGGGGGCGAAAGCACGGGAUGUGAGACUGAAGGCGGUUGCGGAUUCUGAGAUGGCGAAAGUUUCUGAGAAUCCGAUGGAAGUGGAGUUUGCGGGGAGAGUUGAAGCCGAGGGGGAGAGUGCGGUGAGCGACGGUGUGGAGUAUGAUUGGGAGAAGGAGUGGUACCCCAUGUAUCUGACGGACGAGAUGCCCAAAGCCGCACCGCUUGGUCUCACUGUGUUUGACAGGCAGCUGGUGCUGUUCUAUGACGACAAAGGCGAGCUCAAUUGCUUCGAAGAUCGGUGCCCUCACAGACUAGCCAAGUUGUCCGAAGGGAAGAUGACGGAUGGAAAGCUCGAGUGCUUAUACCAUGGGUGGCAAUUCGAGGGAAGUGGUCAGUGUACUAAAAUUCCGCAGCUGGCUCCCGGAGCUAAAAUUCCGAAGCAAGCAUGUGCCAAAAAGUAUGAAGUAAAGGUGUCGCAAGGAGUGAUAUGGGUGUGGCUGGGUGAUAGAGCAACAGCCGAUCCCAAGAAGGUGCCCUGGUACGAGCACUACGAGAGGGAAGGCUUCUAUCACCUCUCUACUAUUCAUGAGCUGCCUUACGAUUACUCCAUUCUUCUGGAGAACCUGAUGGAUCCCGCUCACAUUCCCAUCUCUCACGAUAGAACGGAUACCAAUGCUAAACGCGAGAAUGCUCAAGCUCUGGUUUUCGAGGUUACGGAGCGGACAUCACGAGGGUUUGCAGGUAUAUGGAAAGAGAUCAGCAGUCCAGAGUUCACAAACACGACCCGUUUCGAAGCACCAUGCUGCUUGCGAAAUGACAAAGUAGUUGACAAACCAGAUGGCUCAAAGGAUUACUUGAGCGCUGUCUUCCUUUGUAGACCAUCUGGUCAAGGCAAGUCAAUGCUGAUUGUACGGUUCGGCAGCACAAAAUUUCCAGAUAUAUUUAAGAAGAUCCCUGGCUGGUUCCUUCACAAGACCAGCAACACAGUAUUCGAGCAAGAUAUGGGGUUUUUGGCGUCACAGAAUGCAUACCUGGUGAAGAAGAAUCAACCUACAAAGGACCUGUACCUGAACUUGAAAUCAUCAGACACCUGGGUUUCAGAGUUUCGUAAAUGGAAUGACCGCGUAGGUCGUGGAAUGCCGUAUUACUUUGGACACCAGACUACAUCUGCAGCUAUAAACCCGGCAAUCCUUGAAGCCGCUCCAGCUGGGUUUUCUGCGGCUGCUGCAUCCUCAUAUCCCGCACAAGGAUCCUUUGGCGAGAUGUUUGCGAGAGACCCAACCAACCGGUAUUUCCGUCAUGUAGUGCAUUGCAAGUCAUGCCUCAAAGCACUGAACAACUUCCAGAAAUUCCAAAAGGUUGGAAUAGCGUUGGGCCUCAUAGCUACUGGAGUCGCUAUAACCCUGUCUUCUGUCAUGUGGAGAGCAUCGUUUGUUACCAUUGCUCUCCUGGCUUUUGCAACGUCUUAUGCCUGCUCUAGGGGAGUUGCAGCAUUGACUGUAAAUUAUGUGCGGCCACAUCGCAAGGGAGUGCAAUAAGCUCCGGUUUUCCUCUCCUCUUCCAAUGCUUGCGAUGACACACAUAGUCCACACAAGUUCUUGUAGAGUUUGCCUAGAGCGACCAAAUGUAUGUAUAUAUGUAAACCCACGAAUAGUUAAAGGAUUCAGUGCGGUUUUCUGGUUUGUGAGCUAACAAUCUGCAGUGCAUAGCCUAACAAACUUCGGAAUCACUUUCUACAUGUCAUAGCUUUGUCAACCCAGUAACCCUCAGAAUAUUAGAACCUUUAUGGAGAAGCUUGAUUUCGUGUAAUUAGGAGGAUUUUUGUAUCCUUAAGACAUGAUUUUAAAAUUCUUGACGCUCCUCUAUUUCCACGGAAUGCUAAACAUUCCCAUGUACUUUGACAGAACCUGAAAAAUAUUCUGUUUGAAACUGAUGCAAACAGCGCUGAGAGCUCAGAUUACUCUCCAAAA